CCUCUGGUGGCCGCGGCAGAGCACGACAGCCGUCCACUUCCUGUCAGUCAGUAGGGUGGGACAGGCGGAAGCGGCGUCCCUGCAGCGCUGACAUUUUUCUUUAGCUGAGCAAACAGGGCGGAUAUUUAUCAGUGACGAUGCCGGCGUACCACUCCAGCCUGAUGGGUGCUACCUGCAAACUGGUGGGGAACAUGGCUCUGCUUCCCCUCAAAACCCAGUUUAAAGGACCGGCUCCCAAAGAAACCUCAGAUUCAGACAUCAUCGAUGAGGCGAUCUACUACUUCAAAGCCAACGUCUUCUUCAAGAACUACGAAAUCAAGAAUGAGGCGGACAGGACGCUGAUCUACAUCACGCUGUACAUAUCUGAAUGCCUAAAGAAGCUGCAGAAGUGUAGCUCCAGGGGCCAGGGAGAGAAGGAGAUGUAUACUCUGGGAAUCACCAAUUUCCCCAUCCCCGGAGAGCCUGGCUUCCCCCUCAACGCCAUGUACGCCAAGCCUGCCAACAAGCAGGAGGAGGAGACGAUGAGGGCGUACCUGCAGCAGAUCCGCCAGGAGACCGGGUUGAGGCUAUGUGACCGCGUGUUUGACCCCCAGACAGACAAACCCAGCAAGUGGUGGGUGUGCUUUGUGAAGAAGCAGUUCAUGAACAAAAGUCUGUCGGCUCCUGGCCAGUAAAGAACCUCGGACAUCCCGUUUCUAUCCUACAUGUGCAAGACGGAUUGAGUUUUUUUUUGUUUUUUUUUUUGGUUUGUUUUUUUUGUUUGUUAUUUCUUUAUUUUUCCAGGUUUUGCUUUUGUGUGGCGAAGAUGAUUUUAUACUGAAUAUGAGUCAGAGCAUAUGACCUUGCUUGUCUGGUUGUUAAUCAAAUUGAGCUGGUGCUUAAUUCAAUAAAGCAAUCAAUGAGAUUAGAAAUAA